AUGAACAGAGGAGACAAACUAGAUGUUCGCACAGCUGAAGCAUCAAAAUACAGCGAGGAGGAAGGCCGCUCCCUUCUUUCCCAUGGGUCUCACGAAGAUGACGACUAUUUAAUUGUCGAGGAGCCUUCGUCCACCUCUGGUACGCCGUCGUCUCAGUCAGCCUCGACCCCCAAGAUACCUCCGUCCCUCUCGACCUCCCCUACCGACCAGCCUCGAACAGGCCGAACGUCAAACCGCGUCAGGUUCGACAUCCAAGACGAUGGGGAAGAAGAUACUAGCCAGACCUUUGAGAGUCGCCGUGAUGUCGACUGGAUUGCGAACCAAGACUACCUUGAUGAAGAGACAGCUCAAGUACCAGGAGAUCGCUCUCGUCAGGCAGUUCCGCUUCUUACGAACAUAGAAGCUCCCAGCGUCACUGUCGCCACGUCAGACUUUAUCCCUGAAGACCACCUUGAGAAUGCUCGGCCCAGGAGUGGAUUGGGAAGUGCCUUCAUGAACAUGGCAAACAGUAUCAUCGGAGCUGGGAUAAUUGGCCAACCAUACGCUUUUCGUCAGGCUGGGUUGACCACAGGCAUCAUUUUACUUGUUAUUCUGACUUGGACCGUCGAUUGGACUAUCCGUUUGAUCGUGGUCAAUUCCAAACUCAGUGGAGCAGACUCUUUUCAAAGCACUUUGGAAUUCUGCUAUGGAAGAACGGGUCUGAUAGCAAUAUCUGUCGCACAGUGGGCAUUUGCAUUUGGCGGUAUGAUUGCAUUCUGCAUCAUUGUCGGAGACACUAUACCUCAUGUUGUGAUGGGAAUAGCUCCAUCUAUCAGGGACAUGCCGGUUCUGUGGUUGUUGACGGAUAGACGUGCUGUUAUAAUCAUCUUUGUUCUUGGAAUAUCCUACCCACUGUCACUGUACCGUGAUAUUGCUAAGCUGGCGAAAGCUUCGACUUUUGCCUUGGUCAGCAUGUUAGUCAUUUUGAUAACCGUCAUAAUAGAAGGUAUCCAGGUAGCUCCUGAGGCUAGAGGGGAAGUCAAAGGAUCCCUCUUUGUCAAUAGCGGCGUUGUUCCGGCUAUUGGAGUGAUCUCGUUUGCCUUUGUCUGCCACCACAACAGUCUCUUGAUAUAUGGUUCCUUGAGAAAGCCUACCAUGGACAGAUUCGCUCGUGUUACCCACUACUCGACCGCUAUAUCUAUGGUUAUGUGUCUAGUCAUGGCGGUGGCCGGCUUCUUAACCUUUGGGUCAAAAACGAAGGGUAACAUUCUUAAUAACUUCCCUCCAGACAACGUGAUUGUGAAUAUUGCAAGACUGUUCUUUGGGCUUAACAUGCUGGCCACGUUACCCCUUGAGGCGUUCGUCUGCAGGUCUGUCAUGACCACGUUCUACUUUCCAGAGGAGCCUUUCAACCUCAACCGCCAUCUUAUCUUCACUACCUCCCUGGUUGUAACAUCUAUGGUCAUGGCUCUGAUCACAUGCGACUUGGGCGCUGUAUUAGAACUUAUCGGCGCAACAAGCGCUUGUGCCCUAGCAUAUAUCCUUCCACCGCUCUGCUACAUAAAACUGAGUAAGCAGAGCUGGGUGGCGAAGAUCCCUGCCGUCCUUUGCAUUGCGUUUGGUACUGUGGUUAUGUGCAUUAGCGUCCUUCAAACGGCAGCGAAAAUGAUCAAGCAUGAGGGAGGCGCAGUAACUUGUUGA